GCAAAAUUAUUUGAGAGCUCGCGGGUUUCUACGUCGACAGCCAUUGCAGCGAGGCGGAGCCGCUUUGGCCCCCUCAGGGCAUACAGCCAAUUUCCUUGCGUGCCUGAGAUUGACCAGCCACUCAUCUUUACUGCCACACACACGGCAUGGUUGACGCGCCGCUGAGGCUCCUCGCAUGCGUGUUGCCCGCCACCGCCCUCUCCCAGGGCCGCGGCUACGGCAGCACGUCGGCCGCGACCAAGACCAUCGUCUCGGGCCUCACGCAGCUCGUGAACCUGAACGGCGGCGCGAAACCGGCGAACAAAAAGCGGCCGCGCCGCUUCGCGAGCCUGACGCCGCAGCAGGUCAAGGCGGGCCUCGCCGACGAUUUCAGGAACGAGUACCUCUGGUCCGGCAGGAUCACGCCCGAACUGUACGACGAGGCGUGCGUCUUCACGGACCCGACGCUGUCCUUCCGGGGCCUGGACGUCUUCGAAGCGAACCUGAGAAACCUCGACCCGUGGAUCGAGCGCUUCGUCCCGUCGGAGCGGAGGCGCGUCGACCUCUACGCCCUCGCCGUGGACGGGACCGCGAUCACCGCGUCGUGGCGCAUGGUCGGGACCCUAGCUCUCCCCUGGCGGCCGCGCCUGGACCUGAACGGCACGACGACGUACACGCUUAACGGGGCCGGCGCGCCGUCCGCGUUUGUUACAAACCCUGGGCCGCGCCCGAACCUCUUCCUACGACGCAGGCGGCCGCAUUUCCUCCUACGACGAGACGUGGGCGCUCUCGGCGGGCGAGGCCCUGUUGCAGCUCUUGACACCGGCGGCCCAGGAAGUCGAGGAAAUCGUCGAGCCGGAGUUCUGGCCCGGCCGGCUCGCGGGCCGGGCGCCGACCCCGAAGGCGCGCGCGCCGCUCGUGAAUCCGCCGACGGUCGUGGUCCUGCCGGGUCCGGGGCCGGCGCCUUCGUGCGGUAUGAAUUCGCGCCGACGGCGCCCCGCGCAGGCUUCGGCAACGACGCCGCGGACUACGCGACGCCGCUGGGGCUUCCUGAGGAGACGGGCCUCGCGGCCGCGCUGGGCCGGCGCGGCUUCCGCGUCGAGGUCGUGCCGGUCGCGCGGGGCGACUGGCUCCAGGUGCUCACGCGGGGGGGGCGCGACCCCGACUUCCUGCUGUUCGAGAAGGCCCGGCGGACGAGCCCGGCGUUCCGCUGGUACGCCGACAAGGUCUCCGAGACGCUAGGAAAGGUGGACGGCCCCGUGCUACUGGUCGGGCACUCCGCGGGCGGCUGGCUCGCGAAGCUCGCGUGUCUGCUGGACGGGGCCGUGGCCGCCUGUGUGGAAAUCAACCAGUGCGUCGGGUGCACCCGACAAUUCUUCACUAAGUCAUUUCUCGGCGAUGACGCAGCCGUCCUGGCUCGGUCGAGCGGUGAGGAACCGGCAUCGCCACGCCAUCGAGCAGGCGUCGCGUCGAUGGCGUGGAGGACGACGCGAUGAUUCAGCACGAACGCGCCGUAAAAUUUUGAUUUCCACACAGGUGGCCGCGCGGACCGUCGGCGUCGUGACUCUCGGGGCGCCGCACGUGCCUCCGCCGGAAGGGACGCCCUGCGCGACGAGGGGGGUGCUGGCGGAUGUUGCAGGCGCCGCGUGGCCGGACGUUGCUCUCAUCACGGUGGCGUCGGACGCGAUCAGAGGCGAUCGAGGCGGCGACGUCGAGGCGGCGACGGCGGCCGACGCGUACGGCCGCGUGUCCGGCAACCCGGAGGGUCUCGGCGACUCCGUGGUACCGUUGUCCGCCGCCCACCUCCCCGAGGCCGACCUACAGCUCACGCUGCCCUGCCGCCACUCGAUCAACGUCGCCGGGACCUCCGUGCCGACAGAUGACUGGUACGGCGCGGAGCGGUGGGUCGACGCGUGGCUCGGCCCCGCGCUGGAUGUCGUGUCGAAGCCGCGUUGGUUGCGGAAGCUGGUUCGGCGGUAGCUCGUUAUAAAUACUAGAAGUACUACU